ACAAACAGAACAAACUCAAAAACUGGCCCCAGGGACCCAUUGCACUCUCGCUCGUCUCAGAGCUGCAAAACACACAUCCGUCGUAGAGGAAGCUACCACCGGAACUGGGUCUGUAAGAACGCAUCCCUACCGUACUCUCAUCACAGACGACAACAACCAUGCCUGUCGCAUACGGUGCCAUCCCCUCCUCGGCAUCGCCCCGACCCAUCGCUCGCGGCCGACCAGACAGCGAAGCGCAAGCCGGGUUCAUCUUUGGACCCCCGCCACCGACUUUGAAGUCGUCGCUUCGAUUCGCUUUCCUUUCAAACUGGAUCAAUGUGCUACUGCCGUUUGCUCCGCUGGGAAUCCUAGCUGGACUUUUGAAGUGGGAUGGUGUCUUGGUCUUUGUGUUUAACUUUUUCGCUCUGUUGCCUAUGGCGAAGCUGCUGGGAGUUGCUACCGAGGAGCUCGCUUUACGAACAUCGCAAACCAUUGGAGGACUUCUCAAUGCAACGUUCGGAAAUGCGGUGGAGGCCAUCGUUGGAAUCAUCGCGCUGAACCAGGGCCUGUUGAGUGUUGUGAAGGCUUCUUUGCUUGGAAGCAUUCUCUCCAACUUGCUGCUCGUGCUGGGGGCUUCGUUCCUGGCCGGAGGACUGUAUCACAAGAACCAAACCUUCAACGUCACUGGAGCGCAAACUAGCGCUGCUUUGAUGUCCAUUGUCGUAAUGGCCUUCGUUCUCCCAGCCGCAUUCUCUUUCGCAGUCAACGACGCCGACAAACUUCUCUCCUUCUCCCGAGGCACAGCCGUCGUCCUCUUCAUCAUCUACGGCCUCUUCCUCCUGUUCCAACUGCGCACCCACCCGGAGCUCUUCGCCGAUGAAGCCGCCGAAGAGGAAGAAGAACCCAACAUGACCCUCCCGGCUUCGAUCGCCCUCCUCAUCGCCGUCACCCUUCUGGUUUCCCUCUGCGGUGAAUACCUGGUCGGCUCGAUAGAAGAGGUUACAGAAAAGUGGCACCUCAGCCAGGUCUUUGUGGGGCUGAUUUUGCUGCCUAUUGUUGGCAAUGCUGCGGAGCAUGUUACCGCCGUGACCGUUGCGAUGAAGGAUAAGAUGGACCUUGUCAUUGGCGUCGCUAUUGGAUCCUCCAUGCAGAUCGCCCUGCUCGUGACACCACUGUGUGUUAUUUUUGGAUGGAUCAUCGGGCAGCCUCUCAGCUUGGACUUUUCCGCCUUCGAAACGAGUGUGCUCUUCGUCUCUGUGUUUGUCGUAAACAGCGUCAUCCAAGACGGCCGCACAAAUUGGCUGGAAGGUGCGAUGCUCCUGGCCGCGUACGUCGUUGUCGGUAUAGCGUUCUUUGUUAUGCCAGCCCAGACAAUGCCGUAGUUCAUCUCGAUAGUUAGCCUAGCGCUUGUGAACAAUGGAUGAUGAGGAACAAAUCCCUUUUGUUUUGGGUUCUCUGUCCUCAAGUUUCCGUAUGCCCUGUAUAUAUGAAAUACUACACAUCGGAUCUGAAACUCGUAUUACUAUGCCUAGUAGCCGCUGGAAGAAUCGUGACGGUG